CGAUAAUUAUUCGUCUUCCAGGAAGGCUUCAAGAUUCCAAAAUGGCGGAAAGUUGUAGGAAAGAAAUGUAGAGAGUUUUAUUUGCAAUGCUCCGCAAAUGGCGGGCGAAAACAGGGACAAGGACUUGUACUUUCAGGUAGAAGGGAUAAAGUAUGAAGACAUUGCUGAAAUGUACGACAGUGAGGACCAGCACCGCAGAGAAAAAGGGUUAAACAGUAUAUCAAUACAUGCCAGUAAGACUCGUUCUCUAGCAGUAGGAAAAGAAGUAACAGUGAAUAAUCAUAAAAUAGCCUUGUUGAAGUACAGAGGGAUUGUAUAUGCUAUGGACUCCAAAUGUCCUCACAUGGGAGGGCCACUCCAUCUUGGUGAUAUAGAGGAAUUAGGAGAAGCAAAGCUACCUUGUAUCGUGUGUCCAUGGCAUAGUUGGAAGUACAGUCUUAGUACAGGAGAAAUUAAGUCACCCCUCUACCAGAAUGUCAAGGUGACCGUAUACCCUGUUAUUGUCAAAGAUAAUGGCUCCUUGCAUGUCGGCUUUGAACGUAUCUCACCAGAUUACUUUAAUUGUAUUAUGGACUUUUAAAGUCAAAAUUUUUAAAAAUGGGUCACAGAGACACUGGGGAUUGGAUGAAAUAACAAAGCAAAGAGAGAGAGCAGAUUCUGUGUUAGCUAAUAUAUAUAUUUUUUAAUGUCUUAAUGAGUGUUUAUUGUUCUGUAUUACUAUCUCCUUGUUAUUCUAUCCAAUCAGGAGUGUCUUAAACAUCAUUCUGUGUAUUGCCCUAUAAAUCUGAAAAUAUGAAUGGAACAUGUCUGAAUAAUAUGGAUUAUCAUAUGACCCGUACGGCCCUGCUCGCGCGCUCUAAUAAAACCAUUGGAAAAAGUCACGUGAUGGGGGCCGGACGGGUUGACGUAAGCGGGCCGGAAAAACCCGUCCGGCCCUGCU